AUGCCGCAGACAGACAAAAACCAAAGAGGCCAGAAGUCUCAAGUGGCAACCUCCAACAGAACAGGCAUCAUCUUGAAUUUAGCCGCUGAGCUGCCCAGUGGAGAGUACAGUGUUAUACUGAGAGUGGGAGACAAACAUGGCUUGGAGCAGGUCAGCAUCAUCAAAGCUGAAGUGUGUGACUGCAGGGGCGCAGAACCGACAUGCCCAGGAUGCGUUCUUCCAGGUGCCAGCAACCUGCCCCUUAUCCUCGGAAUACUUGGAGCCAUCCUGCUGCUUGCGCUGUUGUUGCUAGUGCUGCUGUUUGCAAAACAGAGGAAAAAAGGAGCCACUCCUGUGUCAGCACUAGAGAUAGCUAACAGGCCAACAUGUGUGCCUGGAUUUGAGUCAGAGCUGCUGGUUUUCAUAGUGUUCAGGGAACAUCUGAGGCCGGACAUGAGUCUGGGCAAAGUGGGCUUCACUGACUGCACAGAGCGCACACUAUUUCUUUUCAGCACUGAUGACAGACGCUUUACUGUAAAGGCAGAUGGUACAUUAACGGUAAACAGAGAGGUUGUUCUUCAUAAAGGACACCGGAACUUCUUCAUCCACUCCUGGGACUCUCAAGGUAACAAAAUAACAGUUGGAGUCAGUGUCGUUCACCCUGAGCAUCACCAUGGAGCCCACACAAACUUCAACAUUCAGCAUCACAGUACUGAAGUGGACUCUAUUAACCACACAGAGGUAUCUUUUGCUACAAAAGCUGUCUGUAUGUUCUUCCAGAAUGCCACUGAUCCACAAGUGCUGAUCAGGAAGAAAAGGGCCUGGGUUAUUCCUCCACUCAAUGUUCCUGAGAAUCAGAGAGGAACCUAUCCCCUGAAAGUAGCUCAGAUCCGCUCUAGUGAGAAAUUGAGGAAGAUCUUUUACAGCAUCACUGGUCCAGGAGCUGAUCUGCCUCCUGCUGGUCGUUUCAUAAUAGACAGAGAGACUGGCAAUCUGUAUGUAACACAACCACUCGACAGAGAGGAAACAGCCAGCUACACGUUUCUAGCACAUGCUGUGGCAGAAGGAGGGGAACAAGUUGAGGCUCCUAUGGAGAUUAUAGUCAAUGUGAUCGACCAGAACGACAACAAACCUUAUUUUACGGUGGAGUACAACGCAAAUGUUGCUGAGGCCACGGCCAUCGGGACUGAGGUGGUUAGGGUUGAGGCCAAAGACGACGAUGAGCCAAAUAGUGACAACUCAGAUCUCCGCUAUCGUAUUCUGAACCAGGACCCACCGCUGCCCACUGACAACAUGUUUGAAAUCAACCCAGUUACUGGAAGCAUCAGAGUCACUGGUAGAGGAUUAGACAGAGAGAAAUAUCCACAGUACACUCUGACAGUACAAGCAGCAGAUCUGGCGGGAGAAGGGUUAACUGGACAAACAAAAGUCAUCCUCACGGUGACGGACAGCAAUGACAACGCUCCAGUCUUCACUCAGAGCUUAUAUAAGCCAACAGUUGAUGAAAACAAAAAGGAUGUUGAGAUUGUUAGGAUGAUAGUAACAGAUGAGGAUGAACCACAAACUCCAGCCUGGAACGCAAAGUUCAAGAUCAUCAGUGGUGAUCCUGAUGGACUUUUCACAGUAAAAACAGGAACUAACAAACAGGAAGGAAUCCUUUCUACUGCAAAGGAGCUGGACUUUGAGAAGGCCAGCAAGCACACCCUGUUGGUUUCAGUGGAGAAUCAGAUUCCUUUUGCUGGUGUCUCUGUGGUCACUUCUACUGCCACAGUGGUGGUGAGUGUGAGAGAUGUGAAUGAAGCUCCAAUAUUUGACCCAAAGGAGAAGCUUGUGGUAAAACCAGAGGACCUUGCUGUGGAUGAAGUUGUGGUGCAGUAUACUGCUUCAGACCCAGACACUGCACGCAAGCAGACAGUCUCGUACAAAAUAUUGACUGACCCUGCAGGCUGGCUGAACGUGGACAAGGACACAGGCCUUAUUAAAGUGAGAAGACUCAUGGACAGAGAGGCUCCCUUCGUCACAAACAACAGAUACACUGCAAUCAUUGGUGCAUAUGAUAAUGAUGCAGUCCCAGCUACAGGAACUGGUACCCUGAUCAUUCAGCUGGAAGAUGUCAAUGACAAUGCUCCUGUCGUUGAGCCGCGUAACAUUGAGGUGUGCAACAAGGAUCCAGCUCCUCAGCUGCUGUCAGUAACAGAUGAAGAUGGACCAGAAUUUGGACCUCCCUACUCAGUGUCUUUACAGGGCAUGUCAAAGACCAACUGGGCCGCUAGGAUGAAUGACUCCAGAACAGGCAUCAUCUUGAAUUUGGCUGCUGAGCUGCCCAGUGGAGAGUACAGUGUUACACUGAGAGUGGGAGACAAACAUGGCUUGGAGCAGGUCAGCAUCAUCACAGCUAAAGUGUGUGACUGCAGGGGCGCAGAACCGACAUGCCCAGUUCCAGAUUACCAUGUUGCCGGUGCCCUGCCCCUUACCCUCGGAAUACUUGGAGCCAUCCUGCUGCUCGCGCUGUUGCUGCUAGUGCUGCUGUUUGCAAAACAGAGGAAAAAGGAGAAAAAGGAGCCACUCCUGCUGGAUGAUGGUGUCAGAGACAACAUGUAUUACUAUGAUGAAGAAGGAGGUGGAGAGGAUGAUCAGGACUAUGACCUGAGUGUUCUCCACCGUGGUCUGGACAACCGGCCGGAUGUGUUAAGGAAUGAAGUGGUGCCAAACUUCAUGCCUGCUCCUCAGUACCGGCCACGGCCUGCCAACCCCGAAGAGAUCGGCAACUUCAUUGAAGAUAAUCUGAAGGCUGCAGACAACGACCCAACAGCACCCCCUUAUGACUCCCUGCUGGUGUUUGACUAUGAGGGAGGUGGUUCUGAUGCAGGAAGUCUCUCCUCUUUGAACUCUUCAAGCAGUGGAGACCAGAACUAUGACUGCCUCAAUGAAUGGGCCCCUCGCUUCAAGAAACUGGCUGACAUGUACGGAGGAGGAGAUGAUGACGAUAUGCUGUAA